AUGCCGUUCGAUCGGGAGGCUCUCCCAGUGAGACUCACAUAUUUCUUUCUCUACUUAGUUGGUUUUGGAACAGGAAAAACUGCGAAAGAAAGAAGAAUUCUUAAUCUAUGGCUGUCCAACGGGUUCCUGGCUUCAAUAUUUGGAUUGACUAUUAUUUUCAUUGAUUUCUACUUUGUAUGGGGAUCUUUCCAGAUGGCAUACACCGGGAUUAACGUGUUAACUGCUCUUAUAAUCAAUAUAAAAUUCUUCUCGUUGUUGUUCCAACGAAGUCACUACGAAAAGGUUCUGCAAAUCACACGGGAUUCAUUGUGGGGAAAUGCUCAAACGAAAGAUGAAGAAAAUGUGUUGCGACAGUGUGAAAAACAAGCCAUGAUAUUUGUCAUUUUUUUCGCUAUUUUUGCGAAUUCUACAUCUUUUUUAUACAUCAUCGAAGCAAUUUUGUUAAAUGUUGGAAAUAAUAUCACCGACGUAACGGAACGUCGAUUUCCCUUCAAAAUAUGGUUAGAUCUGCCCGUAUAUGAAACACCAAAUUUUCAUAUAUUUUUUCUUCUUCAGUCGGGGAUGGCUUGUUACGCGGGUAUUUUGUACUGUUGCUACGACAAUUAUCUGGUGCUCGUGAAUAUCUUCAUUGCAGGACAAUUUACUAUUCUCAAAUAUAGAUUGGAACUAUUGUACAACAGAAAAAUCGUUGAGUCGAUUAUGAAUAAGGACAGCGAUAGGGGAAGACUAAAUGAGGACUUUAAAGUUGCUGCCCGAGAGUUCAAAGAUUGCGUCAAGCAGCACCAGUUUUUGAUUUGGAUCGUGGGCGAAAUCGAGAGUCUCUAUUCACUGAUCAAUUUAACUUCGGUCCUCAUAUACAGCCUUAUCAUCUGUUUGACUGGUUAUCAACUUAUUAUGCCUGGAAACGUUCUGAUAAGACGCCUAAAGUUUACAGUCUACAUCGGUGGAUGUUUAACUCAAUUACUCUCCUUUUCAUACACCUGUCACAACUUGUCAUUGGCAAGUGUGGACGUCUGUCAAGGGCCUUACAAUUCAAAAUGGUACAAGAGAAGUAAUUCUGAGAGAUCACGAUCAUUGACGAGAGAUUUUGUAGUUAUGAUCAUGAGAGCUCAACGGCCUUGCCAUCUCACGGGAGCUGGAUUUUUUCCUGUCACGCUGGACACGUUGAAAUCGGUGCUCACCACAGCUUUCUCGUAUCUCACGUUGAUCAGACAACGUUCUAUGGUAGGAGUUGAUUAAUGUGAUCAAAAUUAUGUAAUCAUGUGUAGGAAG